GUGUUUCCCAUACUCGAAUAUUAUGGCACUGGUCUAAAACCGUACUGAUGUCACAAAACGAAUAAAUUAAUUCAAGUCUAGUUGUUGUUGAAUGGCGCUAAGGUGGUUCUGAGAAAACAGCGUCAAGCGUUCCCAAAAUAGAACUACUCUCAAUCGGCACGCAUGGGAGAGCUAAUUAACUCGUGAAUUCGCAGAGAAUUGAUUUCCAUGUUUGUGAUAUGUUUUCGUCUUGUUCAGUUUGAUUCGGUCCACACUUGGAAUCGGGUGCUUCUGUGGCUUGAGCUGGCUGCUUCGAUCGAGUGGAAUCUUAGUUCGUUGAAGGGAGUCGAUCAUGGCUCAGCUUCAAUCAGAUCCAGUAUCCACUGAACCGAAGAUAUGUUUCAAAGUGCUAAGCAAGGAUCUGGAUGAUAGGCGGGCCCCACUUGUGAAAGAAUACAACAGGAUUGUACUGCGCCCAAUAAUAUGGAAUACAUUAGCCAAUUUUAAGAUAUGCAUACUGAACAAGUCUUUUGGUCCACUAUUGGAAGCGUUGGAAACACAUUUUCUUAAAAUAUCAGCCACAGAUUCGGAUUUGAAAAACGAAGAAACAAAACGCAUACGCUACGCCUUGCAACAACUGCGCAAGGAAGCAGCUACAUAUCUUAAGUCGAAAGCUGACGAUAAAGAAAAAAAGCUGCAGGACAUCGAAAACAGCUUUAUUGAAUGUCUGAAAAAUAUAUCACUGCCAUCUGAAUGGGAAAUGUAUUUUGAUGGUAAAACUUCGAAGCAGCAAGCACAGACGAAUGCCAAAAAAUUGGUUUCCGAUGGCAUAAAGCUUCUCAAGAAAUGGCGUGUCAAUCCAGAAAUAAAUAUAGUGAACCAGCUUGUGAAGGAUAAAACUAAGUUUUCAUUUCGGUCAAAAAUUCCCACGCCAAAGACGCCCCUGCAAAAUCUUGGAACACACCCUUCGCUAAUUAUAAUGCUGAGAAACUUUGAUUUGUUUGAACCAUUUCUGAAGAUUAUCCUGCAAAAGUAUGAAGUGGACGACGAAUAUGAAACGAGCGUCAAUGAGCCCAUACAGAGAGAUCUGGACACUCCUCUCCACUACGCCGUGCGGAGCCUUAACAAAAGCUUCACCCAGUGGCUGCUGGAGCAAAAAGACAUCAAAACAAACCGUCUCAACAAGGAGCAAAGGACGCCGUUGGACCUAAUCCGCAAGCGGUACGAUUCUGUCAAAGGACAAAUGCUGGACAAGGACAUAACCACGCAGCAACUUGAGGAAAUUAAACUAAAACUGGAGGAGUACAGGACGUUUCUUCGAAUGCUGGUGGACAAAGGAGCAAAUUUUGAGCAUUCGCGCAAGAUUAACCCAAGUUUCAAGUAUAUUCCGAAAGUAACUGAACGAAAUGACGACCUACUCUUAGAUCAGUUGAAUCAGAUGCAAAAGGAUGAUGAGGAAUUUCUGGAAGAGUGUUCUAAAAGGGCCAAAGCUAUAAGCGAUAUUGAGUUGUUGGAGUCUUUUCUUCGGCUUAAGGACCAGGUAAAGUUUGAGGAAAAGCUUCUCUCGUUAAAUGUAGAGGAAACGGAAUGCUUCGUGAAAAAGGUGAUCAAGUUUUGGCUACACACCGCUGUGAAGUUAAAUUUAAGCAAAAGCGUGGAGCUUAUUGUUAAAAAGUUUGGUAGCAAAAUCUUCCGAGUUAGAAGCCAAGAACCCGAAAGCAACGGUGUAGAAAAAAGAACAAAAACAAUCGAACUACAGCAUCGUGUCGAGCUGAAGGGUCUAUUGCGAAAGGUUUGUGACAGUACAAACACAGCUGUGCUGAAACUGCUUUUGAAAAAAAUGGAUAAAGAUAAGCUGCUCAUCAAUGACGAACCCAUACUGGUACUCACUCUGCAUCAUUGCGUGAAAUUGGAUGACAAAAACGAACGUAAGGCUGAUCUCGUGAAAUGUGCUAGAAUGAUGGUAAGCGAUGAAAGGAUCUCCCUUGCGAAGACGGAUGCUGAUGGGAACACUGCCCUUCACAUUGCGCUCAAAUAUGGUCUGGAGGAUAUUGCCAUGACAAUUUGUACGGAACGUACAACCGGAUUUCUGGGUGUUCGCAACAAAAAGGGCGAAACUCCCCUGGACUACGCGAAGCAUGCAUUCCUGAAAGAAUAUUUGGACAAGACCGUUAAAACAUUCAGCGGUAAAGAAAAGGAGUUCAAACUAGACUUCAACGGUUUAUGUCCAUACUAUUCGAAAAAAAUGCAACAUAAAACCAAACUUGAACAUAAGAAUCCAAAGAAUGACAAUAGGCAAACAUUAUCGACAAUUGGUUGCAUCAAGCGAAUUUCAAACUCCAGUAAACUGAAGCCACUCCUCAACCAUCCAAUGGAUGCUGCUGGUGGUGGCUAA